AUGGCACGACGGAAUCCGUCGAAACUCUGGCAGCUCUCAAACGUCCUGUGGAUAAGUACUCACCUGCUUCGAGAUUGUCGCUCUUCUGGGACCUGCGGUACGUGUCUUGGAAAACAUCAUACUCUGCUUCACGGUGCUACCAUUAGCAGCUCAUCGUCUACUUCACCAGUCAACCCGCCGAGCUCCUCGUCCACGCCAAGUGUUUCAGACUCUCAAGGUCAUCAGCCACCCACGGGAGUCUCCGCUAAGGUCGUGCAGUCAAAUCCGAAAAUUCAAUGUUCCACUUGGCUCGCCACUGCACGAGUCAACAUAAUUCUAGACGAUGGAAGAGAGUCUAAACUCCGAGCUUUGAUUGACCCGUGCUCUGGAGCAUCAUUUAUUGCUGAGUCAGCAGUUCAGCGUCUCAAUAUGCCGCGUCGUUCAGCUUUUGUUCCUGUUUCAGGCAUAGGUGCUACCCGCGACCAGACAGCGAGGUCCAAGGUCUCCGUAUCGCUGACCUCUCAGUAUGACAAGAGCAAGAAGUGGAUCACUGACGCCUUGAUACUUCCCUGCCUUACCGACUAUCUACCGUCACCUCGUCCGUUCAGCGUACAGCUCGCUUUCGUGAGUGGACUGCCGCUCGCAGAUCCACGCCCCAACGCACAAGAUCCAAUUGAAAUGAUUCUUGGCAUUGACCUCUACACAAAAUUCAUUGAAAAUGGCUUAUGCAAAAGUGAAAAUGAGGAAGUAAUCGCACAGCAGACGGCUCUCGGUUGGAUCCUCUCAGCGCACUCAGGCAAUUUAGACUCGCCCACGGGCAACUCGAUCUCAAAUUUUCAGUGUUUAGUCGACACUGAUCUCUCUGCAAGAUUGCAGCGAUUCUGGGAACAAGAGGAGAUUUCCGUAAACCCUGACUUGCUUCUCACCCCUGAUGAAAGGGAGUGCCAAAAACAUUAUACAACAACUUUUCGUCGGACAAAUACAGGCAAGUACGAACUGUGUUUGCCAUUCAAGAAACCCAUUACAGAACUCGGUGACUCUUACGAUGCUGCAACAGCAAUGUUGGAGCACAUGGAGCGACGCUUUUCUCGUGAUAACCACUUUCAUUCGCUUUAUCAAGACUUCAUGAACGAGUAUCUCUCGCUCGGUCACAUGCGACCCGAGCUUCCCGGGGAGGCCUCCAGCGGUGAAAUUGACUUCUAUUUGCCUCACCACGGCGUUCUAAAGGCUGGCCGACUUCGAAUAGUCUUUAAUGGGUCAGUGAAUUUAUCAUCUGGUCUCCCCGUCAAUAAAUGUUUAUAUGUCGGAAAAAACCUCUUGAUUGACAUGGUGAUCGUCAUGCUGCGUUGGCGCAUGUUUCCUGUAGUUUUCUCAGCAGAUAUCGUUAAAGCUUUUCGUCAAAUCGGCAUUGCCAAGGAGGAUCAGAGAUUUUUGAAGAUUCUUUGGAGAAGGACGCCAUCGAGUCCUGUUGAAACCUUUCACCUUUGCACCCAACUUGCCAAUGAUGACGCCGCACGUUUCCCCGCUGCUUCGCGGAUUCUUAAAGAAAAUAUCCACGUCGAUGACGUGUUAGCUGGAGCAGAUACUCUAGAACAAACUGUUUCUCUGAAAAAGGAACUCGUGGAUCUGCUCUUGGCUGGAAAAUUUCCUCUCCGUAAAUGGAUAACGAAUAAUCAAAUUCUGCUCAUGAAUAUAAACCCCGAAGAUCUCGCACCCGCGCUAUUACUUGGAUGGAAGUAUGCGCCCGAGCUCUAG